AUGCAGGUGAGCAUCGGCACAUCCGGCGCUGUGGUGCUCCCCUCUAACGAACCGCAUGUCGCCGAAGACAUGAACCUGCACACCUUCUGCCACUGCGCGCCCAACCUCUGGUAUCUCAUGGGCGUCAUCAUAUCGGCAGGCAGCGCUUUACGAUGGCUGAGAGACACUAUUGCUCCUGAAGCGUCAUACGACUCCCUAACGGCAGAGGCGGAGCAGGUCACGCCGGGCAGCGACGGGCUGCUGUUCCUGCCAUAUCUCAGUGGUGAGCGCACGCCGCACAACGACUCCAAUGCGCGCGGCGUCUUCGCCGGGUUGAGCUUGGCGCACGGUCGCGGCCACCUGACGCGGGCGGUCGUCGAAGGCGUGUGCUUCGCAAUGCGGGACUCGCUGGAGCUUAUGCGCCAACAGGGCGUGUCGCCCAGUGAAGUGCGAGCGAUCGGCGGCGGGGCGCGCAGUCGGAUGUGGUUGCAAACCCUCGCCAAUGUAUUCGGACUCCCCCUCGCCACUGUGCAGCCAGCAGGCGGCGCGGCACUUGGAGCGGCCCUCCUCGCGGCAGUGGGAUGCGGCAUGUUCAGCAGCAUCCAGGACGCUGUGCAAUCAUGCAUCAAGACGGGCGAUGUCGUGGAACCGGAGGCGAGCCUGACAGCGGUGUAUGACGAAUUAUACGACGCUUAUCGCCAACUCUACCCUGCGCUGAAGAGCAGCUUCGCCACGCUCGCCGACAUCAACGCGAGGCAACGGCAGUGA